GUCGACCGUGGUGGUGGGUAGACGUGCGGCAGUCAGCUCUCCUCGCCCCCUCUCUGUUUACUCCGUCCUUCACUCGUACCACCAACCAACCAACUAUCUAUAUAUAUCUAAACUUUCUAUGUAUAUAUCUCGUGUGUGGAAGAAACUAUGUAUAUAUACUACUGCUACUAUAUAGUGAAGAUGUUAUUUUGACAAGAUUAUAAUUCUUUGAUACCUGGAUAACAAAAUCAAAGUGAAUAUUCUUUAAAAAAUAGGAAGGGUAUUUUUCUUAUAUUAACCUUACCUACUAUUCGUUAUAUUUUGUUAUUUAUAUCUCGUGUGAAGAUGUUAUUCUGAACUGUUAUGGUUAUUUGAUUACCCGAAUAACAAAACGUGGACACUAUCAAGAACAACUUUCCAACAUGAACGUGAAUAUAGAAACAAAAUCUGUACUUUAUAUCGAUAUAGUCAGAUUUCCUCAAACCUGGUUAGUGAUUCUUGAAAGAAUUUAUAUAUAAGUGAGGAAAGAUAUAUAUUUUGUGUGUGUAUAUAAUUACUGGUAUAUAUUGGAAAAAUAUUAGUGAAGGUUAUGGUAAUUUAAUUAAUCCCGUUACUGGUUAAUAUUAUUACAAGACUCGUUACACCAUCCUGGGAAAAGUAAGAUAACUGAGUAACGUCUCCUGGGAUAAAAAUAAUCUUAGUAGAGUAUCCUGGGAAAAAUUAAACACUCCUCUACCGUCUUGGGAAAAAUAAAGAACCUCUAGACUGUUCUGGGAAAAAUUAAACACUCUUCUACUCGCCUGGGAAAAAUAAAUUACCUGAUUAAAGUACGCGCUGGUGAGGAGUAAUAUAAUUAAAGUGUUUCCUUGAAAAAAAAAACUUAAAAGUGUUUGAGAAAAAGCAAGUACUGUUUAAACUUUACUGACAAAGAUAUUGAAGAUAUUUAAAUUGUGUGAAAUAAAGAAAAAAUUUAUUGUGUUCUAGAAAAACAAAAUAUAUUCUAGACACUCGUGGUUAAUCAUUACGUCAUCUCAGCAGACGAUAAUCCUGGGAUAAAAAACGCAAGACCAUAGUAAGCCGUGACGUCAUCCCGUGGACUGCAGGCGGGAGGACCGGGGGUGGAGAGGUAACACCCCCGGGGACCCCAGCUGGCUGUGGCCUGAGUCCCGUACCCCAACAUGGCGGAGUUAGCGACCUGGGAAGCUGUCCUUGCCCUGACCUGUGUCCUCGCUACACUUCUACAACAAGGAUGCCGAGGGGAGGGAGGAUGUCCGCCUCCUACCCACACCUUCAACUUCUCCCUCCUGCCUGUUGCUGACCCGACCGACCAAGUCCAGGAGGUCAUGUUCAUGGGAGUGGUUGGUCCCUACGACGAGAAGAGAGUCUGCAAGAUCAAGUGUGUCAGUGGUCGCUGGGUGGGGCCUCUCUGUUCCCUGGAGCACGAUUCCGGACGCUUCCAGUCAAUGUUUCGUCCUUGCCACGUUCACAACAUCCCCAAACACACCAUCCUCACCUACAAACACCACCAGAUCACGCCAUCGCCCGAGCUUGAGUUUCCACACGGGUCAGUGAUCUCGGGCAGGUGUGAACGUCCCGGUAAAUACAAGUUACUGGGUGACUCUGACCUUACCUGUACCAACGCCAAGUGGAAGGGCCGGUUCCCAGUUUGUAUUCACACUAACUACUUCUCUAACUAUUCCGCUGAUGAGUCGCCGCCGGCCCUGGAUUGGUCAGUAGCCGGAGGUGAAGGAGUGCUGGAUGUAGCUGGCUCCCUGGUGCUGUUACCUGGCUCAAUCCUACACCUGGACUGCCUCUACCCACGUCUCCACGGUAACCCUACCUGGGCCUGGACUUCGAGCUUCCGACAGUACCCGACAGGCUGGGCUAUCAACAGGCUAGAGCGAGAACUGAGGUACCGUCUGUCACUGUACUCAUGCCAAGGCUGACGACACUCGCACCUUCACCUGUACUGUCUUACCGGCUAUGACAACUACCUCCAUAUCCUGGUUAAAGGAGUGAGCUGCCCUCCUGUAUCAAGUGACGACAAGUUGGAUGUACACGGAGACAGCGUCACCUUGGGCGCCUCCCUCACCUUCUCCUGCCCUGAUGGUCAUUACCUCUCAGGUGCCCCCAAGAUCACCUGCCUCCCUUCAGGUGAGUGGUCUGGAGGCGCCCCGCGGUGUGUGGUGGUGAGGUGCCCCGUGUUAGCCCCGGAGGACGCCCGUCUACAGCUGCACUCCGCCAACACCUCCUACACGGGGUCAGCGGUGUUCGCUUGUGUACCCGGCUUCCGUCUGCUGGGCCACCGUGUUCUUCGAUGCACCGCUAAUGGCACCUGGUCUCACCCCGUGCCUAGCUGUCAAGAGGUGGUGUGUGAGGCAGUAGACGCCCCUGAACAUGGCCAGGUGACGGGGUCCAGCUCCCGGCAGGUGGGGACGCCCUUUCUUCAGCUGUGACCCCCGUCGUCCGUGGUCACGCCCUCACCUUCUGCACCAGCGACGGCACCUGGUCACACCCCCGCCCACUUGCGUGGAGUCGUGUAGUCAUCCCGGGGAGCCCCAACACGGGCGUGUGUCACCCCGGCGGCCCCGCUACCACGUCGGGGCCAACGUCCUUGUCACCUGCCGCCCCGGGUACCGCCCCGCAGGACCUGACCGCCUCACUUGUCUCCACACCCGCCGUUGGUCCGCCCCGCUCACCAGGUGUGUCCCCUCCUUCGGCUGAGUGACCAGCCCCCCC